CACGCGCCAGUCGCGAGCUUCCGUACCUAUUCACCUUUGUAUGCCUGACUAAGGCUUUCUUCUGUCCUCAAAGCCUCGUAGCCCUUUACCUUUGUACUUAACCUACAAAGUCUUUCUCCUCCAGACCUCAACCCCAAAAGCUUUGCCUGCGAUAAAACCGCAGCAAACCCGCUCGUCAGCAGCCUGUCCUGCAUACACUCCCUCGCACAACAGACAUGUCGUACUAUUACGACAACAACGAUCCCCUCGCAAUGUACCGCGCCGGCGUCAUGGGCCGUGGCGUUGGCGGGCGCCCUCGCCGCUUCGACGAAUACUACCGCUGCUAUCCUAUCGCCAUGAUGCCUGGUCCUGAGCGCGACGCCGCCAACCACGGCGGCAAAAUGUUCCUACCAGCCUCAGCUCUCGACAAACUCACGCAACUCCACAUCGAAUAUCCUAUGCUCUUCGAGCUGAUCAACGGCUCAAAAGAGACAAAAACACAUGCUGGUGUACUCGAGUUCACAGCGGAAGAGGGUCGAUGCUAUCUUCCCUUCUGGAUGAUGCAGACACUCAUGCUGGAGCCGGGCGACCUGAUUCAGACCAAGAGCACGAGUCUGCCGCCUGGACGCUUCAUCAAGCUUCAACCACAAUCCAUCAACUUCCUCGACAUCUCCGACCCGAAAGCCGUGCUAGAACAGGCAUUCCGUGGCUUCAGCUGUAUGAGCAAAGGCGACGUCUUCACUUUCAGCUACAACGACACUGUCUACGAAAUCGCAGUAUUGGAGGUGAAGCCAGAGAAUGACAAGACCGCAAUCAGUGUACAAGAGACGGAUUUGGAGGUCGACUUCGCGCCACCUAUCGGAUAUGAAGAGCCAAAGCUCAGCGGAACGAGCACGCCACACAGCAUCAACUCGAAGAUGGGACAAAUGGGCGGAGGCAUGCAUGUGCAAGGCAGCAUGGCGCAAGCGAUCAACUACAACGCCAUCAAGCCAGAUUCAGAUCAAGCAGCAAAGGGCCACGAGAAGGCGAGCUCACAUUUCAGUGGUGCGGGGCAGAGAUUGGUCGCGAAGAAGGGCAAAGGCACAGCAGCGACACCUGCGUCGACCCCGGGAACAAGCACGCCGAUUUCGAACGCUGGAGGCGGAGUCGCGAUUCCGGGCAUGGCCCCGAGAUCCACGAAGCACCGCAACGGACCGCAACCACUUCGUCUCCCACCCAACAAGCUCUUCUUUGGCUACGAGAUCAAGCCGGUGCCGAACAAGGACGGGCAGCAGAGCGAAGAAGAGCAGAGCAAGAAGCAGAAUUUCGAGGGUCAAGGCAACACACUGCGAAAGAAGAAAUGAGGGGUGUAAUGCGAUGAACGAUUUGCGAAUGCCAUGAUACCUACCACGGAUGAACUGAUGACUCUGCAUUUUGGGCCUGUGCACAUAGACUGGGGCAACAGCAUAGCGCAGGCGUUUUGGAGACCACUUUUGGGAUAAAAUGCGAAUGCAGACAGCAUGGACUGACAUGCAAGAUGUCGCUUCGUAGUACAGUGUAGCUGCUGUAGCUUGUGAAAAUGCGCCAUGACCGGCGACUUCGUUAUCAUGCUCGUUUCUUGUCCUCAAUUUAGAACUCCCACCACCUGUCAUCAAACACUUUCAAUGUAGCCUCUCCGACAUCGUUUCCGACAACAGAUCCGACGUCUGACGCGAACUGGAAAUGGAUCUAGAAGUGAGUCAGCACGCCGUCCUGUAGCCAACAAACACUUUGAAGCAAAACUUACGCCCCCAAAGAUUCGACUAUCUCC